UUUCUUUCACGCAUUGUGACGUCGUUUCUGUUUCUUUAAAAGCUCACUCCAUUUUUUUAACUUUUCUUUUUAUUAAAGUUGCAGAAAAAGGAAAGUAUAUGAUUGAAACAAGUUAAAUAAUAUAUUUAUUUAUAUGAAAUGAAAUAAAAAUAAAUUAACAAAAUAUAUUUAAAAAUAUAUAAAAUUGUAAUCACAUCUGACAUAUCAACCUAAAAACGAAUAUAAAAUUAAAGAAAAAGUAUAAUAGACAAUAAAUAUCGGGAUGAAUAUAAAUAAAUAUGAAAAUGAAAUAAGAAGUCCCAAUGAUGUAUUUAAUAGUCCUGACAAGGCAGAUAACCUACAAAAUUUGAACGAUACAGAUUAUAAAGAUGAGAAUAUGAAUAAUUCUCAAAAUGGUAAGAAUAUAUUUUUACUAGAAAAUAUAUUCGAGAAUCCAAUAUUUAAAGAACAGGAAAAUGACUUACAAUCUGCGAAAGCAAUUCAAAUAAAUUCACAAAGAAGACAAACAAUUAGCACUAGUAGUGAUUACAAUAUAUUUAAAUCCGAAUUAAAUAAUAUGGACAAUUUUAACGAAUUUGAAGUAAGCAAUUUAUUACAUGAUUUAAAUUCUGCAGUACAUUUUGAGGAUACUAAGGUAUCAGAUAUUUUAUCUUUAAUGGAUACUAAUUUUGUACUACAGGAAACUGAUGACAGUCUAACAAAUAAAGAUCCAGUCACAGAUCCUCUUUUUAUUAGUGAUUGUGAAGAAAAAAAUGUUGACACAUCACUUGUGAAUUCAAAAUCACAAUCGAUAAAACAAGAAAAAUCUAAAUAUCUACAUGACAAACAAAUUAGUAAUGUGAAUAAUCCUUUUAAAAAAUCAACAUGUAAGUUGAAUAAAAAAGAGAAACAUCUUUUAAAAGAAUUGAAAAACGUGGAAGAAGAGGAAGAGUUACCAUUACCUUUCAUAAAUAAAUUAUGUUCGCUGUGUAUAAAACUGAUACAUAAAGUACCACCACAACAUAAAAUUGAAAAUACUGGAUCUCAUGCACCAACAAGGCAAGAGAAAAAAUUAUUUGAGAGAUAUGGACCACUUCGAAAAGGUCUAUAUACACCUGCGGAAGAUAAAGUUAUUACAAAAAAUUGGGAAACAUUUUGCCAGCUUCAUGAUUGGAACACAAAGAUGGUUACACCAUUCCUUAAAUGGAGACAUAAUGAAAAAUAUUAUAUAAGCAGUGUGAAAGAAAGACAGAAAUUUGUACAAUUUUUAGCAAAUGGAUUACCUUGGCGGACUUUACAUAGUGUUUAUGCCAGAUUUAAAGUAAUAUAUUGUAAAAAAAUUACUUAUGCUAGAUAUACAUUAGAAGAAGAUAACAAAAUUUUAAUGUAUAUACGGAAUGAAGAAUUUAAUAAGCGUAAUACUAAAUAUAUUGAAUUAGCAAAGUUACUAAAGCGAACAAGACGAUCAAUUAUUAAACGAUAUCAGUAUCUCAAAAAGAUUGAAACUGAUUCAGAAAAAGAACCGUCAAACAUUAUAUGGACAUUGUCAUUAAUCAAAAAGUUUAUAAAAACUUUACUUAAUGUAACAUUAAGUGAGGAUAUAAGAGAAUUAAAAAAUGCUAUAAUUCCAAAGUCAGUGUGGCAGAAAAUGGAAGAGCAAUUAAAUAUUGAUGAAAAUAUUUUGAAAUCAUUUUGGCAACAUCAAUUGCAUUUGCAAUUAUUCAGUCCAAAUCCUGUCUACUUAAACGAUAUUAAAAUACAGCUAAUUGAAUAUAUAUAUGAAAAAGGAAUAUCAAAUACUCGCGAAAUUGUAUGGCCCAAUGUCGCAAAACAUUUGGAUGGAACAACUGCAGUAUUUCUUUGUAAAACCUUUUUUUACCUAGUUCAAGAAUGUAAUAUAAACGACAUGGAAAAUUUUGCAGAUAUUGUGGAAUACCUAUAUCAUAUUAAAAUCCCCGAAAUUAAAGAGGCUUUAACAGAUAAAUUUCUACCUAGAAUAGUACAUAAAAAAGGAAAGAUUUAUUUAUUAAAUGCAGAAGAUAGUAAUGAUACACUUACGACUAAUUCUGAUAAUUAGAAAGUCGAUUUUAAUACUAAUAAUUCUAAUAUCCUACAGUGUAUAUUUUUAAUACUUCUCAGAUACAU